CGAGAGGGAGGAGGCCGACCCCCACCUCUCAUUGUGAAGAAAUCGCUUGAAGAUGAAUUUUCUUCUUCGUUACCUUGUUAAAUGUUGCAUCCAAAGAGUGGAAAUCUGAACCAGAGCAGGAGUCAAAGCAAAGGAUUAGAAUGAGAACAGAAAUUAUCCUCAAACAGACAACAUCAGCUAUGGACUUCAGCGGCACCUGGAAAGUUUAUUCUGAUGAGAAUCUUGAAGAAUUCCUGAAGGAAAUGGGAGCACCUCAAAUAGUGGUCAAAAUGCGCAAGGACAUCAAACCAGUGAUCGUGAUUGAGCAGAACGGCAACGACUUCACUUACACCGUGAAGACGCCGUCCUGCACCAAGGUCACCUCAUUCACCCUCGGAGAAGAGUCAGAAUUUACGUUUAUGGAUGGCAGAAAGUUUAAGUGCUCGGUGAGAGAGGAGAACGGGAAGCUGAUCACUGAGAGUGAUAAAUUCACCUGUGUCCGGGAAAUCCAAGGCGAGGAGCUGGUUGAGACUAUGACCGCUGGAUCUGUAACGUCCAUCAGUCGCAGCAGACGCGUCUAGUCAACCAUCCAUGUGGAUCCCUCACAGAUUUUCUUUGAAAUGAAUAAAGCAAAAUGAACUAAUAAACCUGGGAAACCAUC